AUGACCAAGGACUCGCCCAGCCCUUCUGGCGGCGGCUGCGUGACACCCAAGAAGCCGGCUACUCCGGGCCCAGCGGCGGCGGCGCUGGAGGAGCAGAGGCGGGAGCUGGAGAAGCUGCGUGCCGAGCUGGAGGCGGAGCGGACGCGCGGGCGGGAGGAGCGGCGGCACUUCGCUGCCCAAGCGCGGCAGCUGCGGGAGGAGGCCGAGCAGGAGCGGCAACAGCUGGUUGAUCACCUGCGCUCCAAGUGGGAGGCGCAGCGCAGCCGGGAGCUGCGGCAGCUGCAGGAGGAGCUGCUGCGGGAGCGCGAAGCCGAGAUCCGGCAGCUGCUGCGCUGGAAGGAGGCCGAGAUGCGACAGCUGCAGCAGCUGCUGCACCGCGAGCGCGAUGGCGUGGUGCGCGAGGCUCGGGAGCUGCAGCGCCAGCUGGCAGAGGAGCUGGUGAACCGCGGCUACUGCGGCCGCGCGGGGGCGCCCGAAGACGCCGCAGCGCAGUGCCGCUGUCGCCUGCAGGAAGUGCUGGCGCAGCUCCGCUGGGAAACGGACGGAGAGCAGGCCUCGCGCAUCCGCCACCUGCAGGCGGCACUCGACGUGGAGCGCCAGCUCUUCCUCAAGUACAUUCUGGAGCACUUCCGCUGGCACCCCGCCUUGUCCGGCACCCCCGACCCCCAGGCCGCGCAUUCUUCAGAAGAGCUACCCCCCGAGGCCGCCGACAAGUCCUCAUGUCGACUAGAACCCCUUGACGGCCUGAGCGCGGGCGCCCGCGCGCGCUCCCGCUCCCUCGACCGGGUGCCCGCAGCGUGCUCCAACUCCCCGGACAGCGUGCUCCCCGCGCGCGCCAGCUCCCUCGAUUCCUUGGCACCAGCGCGUUCCCUCUCGCUCAACAGCACCCUGAGUCGCCCCAAGGCCCCCGAAUCCUCCUCUCCAGACGCCUCCAUCCCAGGGCCCCUGAGCCCCCCGCCGCCACUAUCGGAGCGCAGGAGACCUAGCGACCCGCGAGGAGGGGAAGAGUCCGGGAGUCAGCCCUGCGAAGCCCUGAACCCCCUGCCGCCGGGCCCGGACUACCGCGAGCUGCUGAAGCAGAACUCGGAGCUGUCCAAGGCUCUGCAGGUGCUGGCGCGCCGCUGCUCCGGCCUGCGCGAAGAGAACUUGCAGCUGCGGCGCGCGGGCUUCUCCGACAAGGAGGACGAGAAGGUGAAGCGGCUCAAGGUGAAGCACGCCGAGCUGACCGGCCUCGCGCGGCGCCUGGAGGACCGGGCCCGCAAGCUGCAGGAGACCAACCAGCGUGCUGUGAGCGCGCCUGUGCCCGGCGAGAACCGCGCGGGCCUGGAGCUGUGCCAGGCCUUCGCCCGCCAGCGUGCACGGGACUUGUCGGAGCAGGCUAGCGUGCUGCUGGCCAAGGACAAGCAGAUCGAAGAGCUGCGGCAGGAGUGCCACCUACUGCAGGCGCGCAUCGCUUCGGGCCUCAGCAGCGCCCCGCUCGCUGUGGGGGGCGCCGCCUGCGCCCAGUGGCUCAACGUCAGCGACCUGGACCGGCUGCAACGCGAGUCCCAGCGGGAGGUGCUGCGCCUGCAGAGGCAGUUGACCCUGCAGCAGGCCACCAGCAGCGCCUGGGCGGAGGUGGGCGGCCAGAGCGCUCCAUGCGAGGAGGCGCGGAGCCAAGUACAGGCGCUGGAGCGCGAGCUGAGCGCGCAGCGGCGAGAGUGCGAGGAGCUGGGCGCGCAGGCGGCGGCGGCGCGGCGACGCGGCGAGGAGGCCGAGGCGAGGCUGCAGGCGGCGCUCCGCGAGGGCGCCUGGCUGGCGAAGGAGAACGCGCGGCUGCAGGCCCAGGCCGACUGGACGGGAAAGGUGGCGGACGAGAACAAAGACGUGCGCGGGCAGCUGGGCCUCGCGUGCCAGGAGCACAACACCACCGGCUUGCUGGCGGGGCAGCUGUUGCAGCAGGCGGCACGAGGGCAGGACAGGCAGCAACAGCUGCAGCACGACCAGCAGAAGGCCCUGUGUGAUAUCCAGACGGCCUGGGAGGAGAUGCGGGCACUGCAGUAUCAGCCUGGUCACCCUCCCCAGGAACCCCGCGAGGCCCCGCCAGCCCCAGAGUCCCAAGUGAGAAGCAGUGGAAGAACCAAGUUGCAGCUAGGGCCUGAGGACCAAGCAUCGUCUCAGCCUAGCAGAGCCAAACCAGAGAAGAAGGAAGACUCCCUGCUGGAGAACCCAGUUGCCCGCGGGGAGGCAGCCAGUGCCCCCAAAGUGCCAGACAGAGUCCCAAGCAGCCAACCUCUGGACUCCACGCCCCAGGCCAAGAAAACCAGCUCCCAGUCGAACUCCUCCUCUGAGGUGGAGUCCAUGUGGGCCCCUGUGCCAUCCUGCCCUACUCUGGAUGUGGACACAGCCAGCGAGGUGGAGGAUCUGGAGCCCUAUAGCGUGUCCUCGACCCUGGAAGUGGGGGGUUCGGAGGCCCCCACCACCCCCAAGCUCAAGGUCUUCCUGGCUCGGUAUAGCUACAACCCAUUUGAAGGGCCCAACGAGCACCCCGAGAGCGAGCUGCUGCUCACGGCUGGGGAUUACGUGUAUGUCUUUGGGGACAUGGAUGAGGACGGCUUCUACAAAGGGGAACUUGAGGACGGCCGGCAGGGGCUGGUGCCGUCCAACCUGGUGGAGCAGAUUCCAGAUAGUGACGUCCUGGGCUGCCUGCCCCAUGAGUUCCCUGACCUUGGCCCCACUCGACUCCCGGCUGGGCAGGGCAAAGCUUCGAAGGAAGACACUGGUCACAGCUUAGUACCUGGGAAAGCCCAGGGGACAGUGGACAGGGGGCCACACGUGACAACGGUGAGGGUGGGCUCCAAGACCAAAGUGGCAAUAGAAAUCUCAGAUGCCAAGAUGGGAGACGGCCGGCUGGGCUCUCAGCAGAGCAUGGGCAAGCGGGGCUUCUCCAGACCUCUUCUGGGGACCAACAGUGUCUUUUGUGUGGCCCCUACGCAACUUUACCUGAAGAGCGUUACAGCCACGUCGGCUGAGAUCACCUGGGUUGGCAGCAGCCACCCCCACAUGGUGUACCUGGAUGACCUGGAGCGUGCCCUGACCCUAGCGGGCGUGAGCUGCUACACCUUCCACCACCUGCAUCCUGGCACGAGGUACCAGGCGAGGGUGGAGGUGCACCCACCGUGGGACUCGCUGCCGGUGCGCUGGGAAACAAUGUCCUCCACCAUCACCUUCAACACACCCUUGGCGGGCCCCCCUGACCCUCCGCUGGACGUACUGGUGGAGCGCCACGCCUCACCGGGCCUCCUGGUGGUCAGCUGGCUCCCCGUGACCAUCGACUCAGCUGGGUCCUCCAACGGAGUUCAGGUCACCGGCUAUGCUGUGUAUGCCGACGGGCUCAAGGUGGCAGAGGUGGCCGAUGCCACCGCCGGGAGCAUCCUGUUGGAAUUUUCCCAGCUCCAGCUGCCACCGAUGUGCCAGAAGAUCUCGGUGAGAACCAUGUCGUUCUGUGGAGAAUCCCUGGAUUCGGUGCCGGCUCAGAUCCCUCACAACUGCGUCACCUGUCUCCGAUUGCCAGAGAUGUCUCCCUUUAGCUGCACCUGUGGGGACCUGUCCACCGGCAGAGUGACCUUCCCCAUCUGCCCUCAGAGGCUGGUGCUGGCUCCCCCGAGGGCCAAGGCCAGUCCCCACAGCCCUGGAAGCUGUGGGGAGCCCCAGGCCACGUUUCUAGAAGCAUUCCCUGGAGAACCCCCAAGGAGGCAGUCCCCAACGCCCAGACUGAGUUCAGACGGAGAAUUUCCAAGUGCAGGGUCAGGCAGCCAAGCCCAGAGGCCCACAGAGGCCCGGGAGCUCUCCAGAAAGGACCAGCUCUUCCAGAAGAGUCCCCGGAACCACAGGCCACCUCUGCCCCGGGGCCAGUCUCGGGGGGAAGAGAACCAGAACCGGCACGUGGGCACCAGCCAAAGCCCUGCUGCGGGAGUCAUCUGUCCGUCCCCUGAGUGUGGACCCAGGAAAGAGCCGUGUCAGGAGAAGGCUGCCCUUGAGAAGGUCCUCAGACAAAAGCAAGAUGCCCCAGGAUUCACCCCUCCGCAGCUGGGCAUCAGCCAGCGAUACGUGUCUGACUUCUGUGACAUUCUGCAGGAGGAGGCAGGGCGCUUCGGUCUGUGGGGCACAGAGGGGCAAGAGCAGAGGAAGGAGCUCAGGAGACAGAGCGGGCCAGGCCAGGCUCUGGGGGGCAACAGAGAGGGCUGGUUCCAGGAGCCCGGCUUGGCGCUGUGUCCCGCUCCAUCCAGCAGGGUCAUCAGGAUGUCCAGGGGUGGCGCCCCACCGCUGGGAACAAGGGUGGACCCUCCAGCCAAGGUCUUUGGGGCCCUCUCUGAUUGCAUCCCCCUGGUGAUGUCUGCCACCCCCGAGGCUGCAGAGGAGGAGCUGGCCUUCUGGAAAGGGCAGUUGCUGAGAGCGUGGGGCUCUCAGGACACCCACGGCUUCUAUCGUGGUGAACACGAUGGGCAAGUGGGCAACAUCCCCGGGCACCUGGUGGACAAGGUGGACACGGGCACGGAGUUGACUGGUGGGAGGUGGCAUUUGCCGGGGCAAGGGUACCUGCCCUCCGUGGCCCACCUCGAUGACUUUGGGGGGCUUGGAGGCCCCCAGGGCUCCUUUGCCCUGCCGCAGGGGAGCCCCAGAAGGCCCUCACUGUGGACUCCAAAGACCAUGGUGGUGGCUCUGGACUAUGACCCCAGGGAUGGGCCGGCAGGGGGCCUGGUGAAGGGCAAGCUAUCGCUGAGGGUGGGGGAUGUGGUCACUGUCUAUGGGCCUGUGGAUGACAAGGGAUUCUACUAUGGGGAGUCGGGUGGCCACAGAGGCCUGGUCCCAGUCCACCUGCUGGAUCACAUGUCCCUCCAGGGAGAGUGAGUGCAGCUCCCCGCUGGGGUGGUGGCCCUGGCUGCCUGCGCCCCACAUGCGGACCCACCACCAAGCCCGCCUCACUUUGUGCGCAGCGCCUGCUCCAUGCACCAAUGCUCAGAACACUCGGCCGUCCCAGUCCUCCUGGCCUCGAGGGCAGCAGGGCUUAGGUCUGAAUGGACCUGUUUCCAGAAGAAAGCAGAGCAAGUAGCCCCCGAGAGGCUGACAGGCUGGUAA